CACGUGAGAACCGGAAAUAGAAGUGGCGUUUAGCUCAGGUUAGGGCGCUUGGCCCGACUGCCCGCGGAGGGGCUCGCCCGGGAGUCGCGGAGGCCCUACUGUCCGCUAUGGGCCGCCGGAGGGCAGCGCGCGGGCCAGGGGCCGAGGGCGGCCACACUCGGCGUCCCGCGGGCCGAUCUCUGGAAGCGUUCGCAGAGGAGGUGGGCGCCGCGCUGCGCGGUGCAGCGUCCGUGAAGCCGGAAGCGGCCGAGGACACGGACGGCCCGAGUCCGGUGCGACUGCCUUGCACGCUGGCCAUGUGGGAGCUAGGCCACUGCGACCCCCGACGCUGCACGGGCCGCAAGCUGGCCCGCCUAGGCCUGGUGCGCUGCCUGCGCCUUGGCCACAGGUUCGGCGGCCUCGUGCUCAGCCCCAUGGGCUCCCAGUACGUGUCUCCCGCUGACAGGCAGCUGGUGGUACAAUCCGGGGUAGCUGUCAUCGACUGCUCCUGGGCCAGACUGGAGGAGACACCAUUUGGGAAGAUGCGGGGGAGCCACUUUCGGCUGCUGCCCCACCUGGUGGCGGCCAACCCCGUGAACUAUGGCCGGCCCUGCAAACUGUCCUGUGUGGAGGCUUUUGCAGCCACUUUCUGCAUUCUGGGCUUCUCAGACCUUGCUGUCAUUUUGCUUCGGAAGUUCAAAUGGGGUAAGGCCUUCCUAGACCUGAACCGUCAGCUCCUGGACAAGUAUGCAGCCUGCGCCAGCCCAGAGGAGGUGCUGCAGGCAGAGCAGGAAUUCCUGGCCCAUGCCAAGGAGCGCCCCGAGGAGGAGAUUGACCCCUUUGACGUGGAUUCUGGACGAGAGUUUGCCAACCCCAACAGGCCUGUGGCUGGCACCCGGCUGCCCAGGGACAGUGGCAACAGUGACAGUGAGGAAGAGUCUGAGGAACUUGAGCCUGAAGCCGAGGAUGGAGGAGGCAGCAGCGACAGCAGCGACAGCAGCCCAGAAGAGGAGAAGAGACUGGAGUGGGAGUCAGAGGCCAGCGCCCCCACCAAGGUUUGGAAAGGAAUCAAGAAACGGCAGAGAGACUGAAGGUUGCACACAUGUAUUUUUUGAGGCAGAGCGAUGAGGACGUCUAGAGACUGCAGUGGGGCUGAUGGGAACAGAGAGGCCUGGCGGCCUGGGCCAUUACAUCUGCGAGCAGCACUGGACUCUGUCAGGUUCUCUCCCACAGCUUCUGUCAUAGGCUUCACCUGGGUCCUGCCUCAGAAUGCCCAAUGAAGCUGCAGACAGGGAGA